AUGAUUAGUUAUCAUGUUUUACCAGACUAUAAUCUUUAUUGGUCAUCUGAUCCGGGGUUCAGGGUUGAUGAAAUCGCCAAUGUAAUGACAAUAAAGAGAUUCAAGGUGUUGCUACGAACAUUACAUUUGAAUGACAAUUCUAAACAGCCCCAGAGAGAUGAAGAAACGUUUGAUAAACUAUACAAAGUACGCCCAUUAGUAACUUUGAUAAAUGAGGCUUGUCAAGCAGCGGCGAAAAAUACAUCAUCCCAGAGCAUAGAUGAAUCGAUGAUAAUAUUCAAGGGUAGAUCAUCCUUGAAGCAAUACAUGCCGAUGAAGCCGGUAAAACGCGGCUAUAAAGUAUGGUGUAAAUGUGAUAGUAGCACGGGCUAUCUUUACGAAUUCGAUAUUUACACAGGCAAGCAAGAUGCUGGAACUGAGGGUGGAUUGGGAAGUAAGGUAGUAAAAAAACUCACAGAAAAAUUAUUGGAUGUGGAAGAAGAGAAACAUGUGACAUUUGAUAAUUUUUUUUGUGACUAUCAUUUACUAAAUUAUUUGUAUGAAAAAAGGAUUUUCGCGACUGGAACUGUACGUAGAAACAGAAUAGAACUUCCUAAUUUUAUAAAAAAGAAAAAGGGAAAGAAGGCAAGCCAAAAACUAAAUAAGGGAGAGUACAGAUGGAGAGUAAAAGAUAAUGUUUCAUUUGUUGUGUGGCAAGACACGAAAGAAGUUCUUAUCUUGAGCAAUGUAUUUCAUCCGCAAAUAGAAAGAACAACUGUAAAUCGAACACAGAAAGAUGGCUCCAAUUUAGCUAUAAGUUGCCCAUUGACAGUAAGAGAAUAUACAAAGAGAAUGGGGGAGUAG